CCUGCACCCUCUUGUCCUGAACUUGAUGCAGCGCUCGGUGUCCCGGACUGCUAUUAAUUCCCAGGGGUUGCCUCUAUUACUGCAGACCUGUAUGAAAACGGAAACUCCCCCUCCCCUCAAAGAAAAGAAGCCUGACACUUCAGAGUUCGGAGUUCUGUUGCUUUGGGAAAGAAAAUGGCCCAGAAUUGUAUAGGAGGAGCUCUGAGCCCUUCCAAAACCCUUACGCCAAAAUGCAUACCAAUCAACAAUCCAAACCCUUCAUCCCUCUCGUCAUCUUCUUUGCGUAAAUUGAUACUAACAAAAUCCAAGAAGUGCCUUUCUCUGUCAGUUUGUAUCUCUGCAUCAAUGUCAUCAAGCCAGCAGCACCAACCGCCACUUUCUCUUGAGGCCUUGAAAACCGGUGAACACAGAAAUAAAGUCUUGAAUGCUAUCCAGAGCUCAUUGAACAAUUGUUUAUCUGAAACCCAUCUUGAUUUAACCGUUCCUGGUCUUAAAUCCAAAACCAGAGGCAAGGUCAGGGACAUUUAUGAUGAAGGAAAUUAUCUUGUGCUGGUAACAACAGAUCGGCAAAGUGCAUUUGACAGAGUUCUUGCUUCAAUUCCCUUCAAGGGGCUGGUGCUUAAUGAGACAAGCUUGUGGUGGUUUAAUAAAACUCAGCACAUUGUUCCAAAUGCAGUUGUAUCUGCACCAGACAAGAAUGUGACCAUCGCAAAGAAAUGUUCAGUAUUUCCUGUUGAAUUUGUUGUUAGGGGUUAUGUGACUGGAAGCACUGAUACAUCAUUGUGGACUGUCUACAAAAAAGGAGUUCGGAAUUACUGUGGCAAUGUACUUCCUGAUGGAAUGGUGAAAAACCAAAAGCUACCAGAAAAUAUUCUCACACCAACUACUAAAGCUGCAGAUCAUGAUGUUCCUGUAACUCCGGAUGAGAUAAUUCAACGUGGUUUAAUGUCUAGAGCAGAUUACGAGGAAGCAAGUAAGAGGGCACUACAGUUAUUUGAAUAUGGUCAGCGGGUGGCAAUGAAACAUGGCCUCAUAUUGGUAGACACCAAGUAUGAAUUUGGAAUAGCACCUGAUGGUACUGUGCUUUUGGUUGAUGAGGUGCAUACACCAGACUCGAGUAGAUAUUGGAUUGGUCAUUCUUAUCAAGAACGCUUUUGGAAUGGCCUUGAACCAGAAAAUGUUGACAAGGAGUUCUUGAGGCUAUGGUUCAAUGAUCAUUGCAACCCAUAUAAAGAUGAGGUCUUGCCUGAUGCUCCAGAAGAACUGGUUUCUGAAUUAGCUUGGCGAUAUAUAUUCUUGUUUGAGACAAUAACAAAUUCAAGUUUUGAAAUACCUACAACAAAGGAGCCAAUACAUGAUAGAAUCACCCAAAAUGUUUCACAGGCGCUGAAGUCUCUCUUAUAGUUUCAGAGCUUCUUGAGGUGUUCAAGGCUGAAAUGCCAUGAUUUUCUACCAGUAGGAACAGCUGCAGCAGCGAUCAGUACUUCUGUAAUUUAGCAUGCUCAACAGCUCUAGCUGACUGCUAUGAAUGGCUCAGUUUUGCCUAUUAUGAGUUUGUAGAUGGAAACUUGAUUCCUGCUGCUAAGAUCUGUUUUUACACAUACUUCUAGUAUUUACUUUGGAUCUUUGAAAUGUGACUGACGAUCUUGGUUUGUUUGGGGUCACAGCACGUUUAGGUUUCUUUGAGGGGGCAAUUGGAAACUAAGAAAAAACAAAAUGUGGGUUCCAGAGGAACUUACCAGCCAAGCAGGUACUAAUGUUGUGGUGGUGACUGAGAAGCAAGCAGAAAAUGAUCAUUCCUUUCUUAUUUUUUCCAUUCUGUUCACUGUUAUAUUCAAUGAUGAAGAAAAUAUUUCCAUU